GUCGUCAUAUUUGGUGAACCUUCAGUUUUCCGACUCUAUAAAUUGCGGCCUUUGAAACCUGAAAGAAUCGCCAAUCCAAGUAAAGCUCUCUGCAUCCAAGGAUCUCCGUCUUCGAUCAACCAAGCCAUUUGCAGAAUGGAGACCUUCCUCUUUACCUCCGAAUCCGUCAACGAAGGACAUCCAGACAAGCUUUGUGACCAGAUCUCUGAUGCAGUUCUCGACGCAUGCCUAGCCCAAGACCCCGACAGCAAAGUCGCUUGCGAAACCUGCACCAAGACCAACAUGGUCAUGGUCUUUGGAGAGAUCACAACCAAAGCUGACAUUAACUACGAGAAGAUCGUCCGUGACACCUGCCGUGAAAUCGGUUUCGUUUCGGAUGACGUCGGUCUCGACGCAGAUAACUGCAAAGUUCUAGUUAACAUCGAGCAACAAAGCCCUGAUAUUGCUCAAGGUGUCCAUGGCCACCUGACGAAACGCCCUGAAGAAAUCGGAGCAGGGGAUCAAGGUCACAUGUUCGGGUACGCCACCGACGAAACCCCUGAACUCAUGCCUCUAAGCCACGUCCUCGCCACCAAACUUGGAGCCCGCCUAACCGAAGUUAGGAAGGACGGGACUUGCCCCUGGCUAAGACCCGACGGCAAGACCCAAGUUACUGUCGAGUACUACAAUGAAAACGGAGCCAUGGUCCCAAUCCGAGUCCACACUGUCCUAAUCUCGACCCAACAUGACGAAACCGUGACCAACGAUGAAAUCGCGGCCGACCUCAAACAACACGUGAUCAAGCCAAUCAUACCGGCGAAAUACCUGGACGAGAAAACCAUUUUCCACCUCAACCCGUCGGGUAGAUUCGUCAUCGGUGGUCCACACGGGGAUGCUGGCCUAACUGGGCGUAAGAUCAUCAUCGACACAUACGGGGGAUGGGGUGCCCACGGAGGUGGUGCUUUCUCGGGUAAGGAUCCAACCAAGGUGGACCGUAGCGGGGCAUACAUUGUUCGCCAGGCGGCUAAGAGCAUUGUCGCGAAUGGGCUUGCUAGGAGGUGUUUGGUUCAGGUUUCGUAUGCUAUUGGUGUGCCUGAGCCGUUGUCUGUCUUUGUUGACACGUAUGGAACGGGAAAGAUACCCGAUAAGGAGAUUCUUAAGAUUGUGAAGGAGACUUUUGAUUUUAGGCCGGGUAUGAUCUCGAUUAACCUUGAUCUUAAGAGAGGUGGGAAUGGAAGGUUUUUGAAGACUGCAGCUUAUGGUCACUUUGGUAGGGACGAUCCUGAUUUCACUUGGGAGGUUGUUAAGCCCCUCAAAUGGGAGAAGCCUCAAGCUUAAGGGUGGGUCGCUGUUUAUGCUUAAGGGUGGGUCCCUGUUUUUUAGUGUCUUUUCGUUUUGGGGUCUUUCACGAAUAAUAAUAAGUGUUAUGUUGAUUUGUUCUCUAUAAAGAGAACUUAAGUGUUGUUAUUUGUAUUGUAUUAUGUUAUUUUGUCAUUCUCCUCCAAAUUUAUCCAGUUUUUUUGUUAUGCCCAAUGUUGGAGGAAAGUGAAAUCUUAUUUUGCCCUAUUUGUU